CAAUGGUGACAUCACAAAGGGAGGGGGAGUCUUGUCAUCUCGUACAGGACGUUCAGCCCGCUCUGCAUUCUCCUCUUGUUCUAACACCUCUCUUGGCCUUAACAUCCUGUUGAUCCCGAAGAGGAGAACCAGCCCAAGACCCAACACAGACAGCAGGACAGCCCUCCGCUGCCCAGGUAUGCGUCUAGAGCACAGAGUCCCGGACCUCUCCAGGACAAUACUCAAGACAGAGAAGGCUCCAGGGGCCAGGACGAUGCCUGUCCUUUCCUCCCUACACUGCCCAACUCUGCCAUCCCUGCUGCUGACUCUGCUUCUGGGAUUCACAGGAACUGCAGGUGAAGAGUUCCAGGUGAACCAGCCUGAGGGUUCAGUGUCAGUCAGAGCUGGAGACAUCGUUACACUGGCCUGCAACGUGUCUGCUCACUCCCCAGCAGGGCCUGUCUUGUGGUUCAGGAAGAAUGGGCCCGAACAACAAUUAAUCUACAGUUUCAAUGGCAGCCACUUCCCCCGAGUAAACCAAGUGGAAAACACAGAGGUCAAUCAAACAGACUAUUCCAUCCGCAUCAGUGAUGUGUCACCCAAGGACACGGGCACCUAUUACUGUGUGAAGUUAACAAUAGGGCAUCCUGACAUGGCGUACGUAUCUGGUUCAGGCACCUACGUGUCUGUGAAUGGUGAGUACAGGUCUGACGAUUUCCAUCCCCUUGGUUUGUAAAACUAAAUUCUCCAAAAUCUGAAACAUGUACCAAAUCAUCACAACACACUGGAUACUGUGUCCCUUCAUCCACAAACAACCCUGCAGGCCGGGAUUCUAUACAUGGCUCUUCUGUCAGUCUGGGACCCUGAGCCCACUAUUGAAUCAAGCCUUGUUACAGACCAGGUCCUUCUCUGAUGACCCAACCACUAAAACCCGAACACAGAGAUACUCCAAAAUAAAAAGA